CGCAGCGGGAGACAGGAGGUGGAGGCUGAACAACACGGAGAGAGGAGGGAGGAGGACAGAUAGCUAGAGAGCUGUGAGCCUGUUUACCCGCAACUCCCCGAUUUUAUUUUAGGACAUUUGCGCCACAUAUGACCCACACUUUAAUCAUCUUACUUCUCUUAACAUGUGACUUCUUUAGCAUUUCGUCGUAUGAUUCAAAAGAUGACAGAAAUGCGUGCCCGUGGUUAGCUCGGGUACCGUGAAGACAAAAGGGCAUCUCCAUAAUCUCCGGAUGAGACUUUCUGUGUUUGUGAACCAGCACCAGUCAGAACCGACCAACCGGUCCUGGUUACCGUGAAAUCAGCGGGACAGCAACCGAGCAGCCUGAAAACAUGAAGUUCACAGAGCAUCUCUCGGCUCACAUCACCCCGGAGUGGAGGAAACAGUACAUCCAGUAUGAGGCUUUCAAAGAGAUGCUGUACGCUGCUCAGGACCAGGCCCCGUCCAUUGAAGUCACAGAUGAGGAUACAGUUAAGAGGUACUAUGCCAAGUUUGAGGAGAAAUUCUUCCAGGCAUGUGAAAAAGAACUUGCCAAGAUCAACACCUUCUACUCAGAAAAGCUCGCUGAGGCUCAGCGCCGAUUCGCCACACUGCAGAACGAGCUGCAGUCAUCGCUUGACGCCCAAAGGGAGACCUGGGCUAACGAGCGGGGCCUUAGGAAGAGGAAGACGGUGUUCGCCCUGUCACAGCAGGAGCGAUGCAAACACAGAAACAUAAAGGACCUCCAGCUGGCCUUCUCUGAGUUCUACCUCAGCCUUAUUCUGUUGCAGAACUAUCAGAAUCUGAACUUCACAGGCUUCAGGAAGAUCUUGAAGAAGCAUGAUAAGAUUUUGGAGACGUCGAGGGGGGCUGACUGGAGGGUUGCUCAUGUUGAAGUUGCCCCAUUUUACACGUGCAAGAAGAUCACACAGCUCAUCUCUGAGACGGAGGCACUGGUCACAACAGAGUUGGAAGGUGGAGACCGGCAGAGGGCCAUGAAGAGGCUGAGGGUACCUCCCCUGGGAGCGGCACAGCCUGCGCCUGCCUGGACCACCUUUAGAGUCGGGCUUUACUGCGGAGUGUUUCUCGUCCUUGUAGUCACUGUGGUUAUUACAGGAGCUGUGGUAAUCAAGCAGGAUAAUGUGUGGCCCAUGGUCAGGAUCUACAGAGGAGGCUUCCUUUUAAUAGAGUUUCUCUUCCUUUUAGGCAUCAACACUUAUGGCUGGAGACAGGCUGGAGUUAACCACGUUCUCAUAUUCGAGCUCAACCCGAGAAACAACCUGUCCCACCAGCAUCUGUUUGAGAUUGCAGGUUUGUUGGGAGUGCUUUGGUGCGUCAGCCUGCUGUGCUGUCUGUUCAGUCACAACAUCCUGGUACCGAUGCAGGCCAACCCGCUGGCUCUCUACGGCCUCUUCUUCCUCUUCUUCAUCAACCCCUUCAAGACCUGCUACUACAAGUCGCGCUUCUGGCUGCUCAAACUCCUGUUUCGAGUGGUGACGGCUCCGUUUCAUCGGGUUGGCUUUGCAGACUUCUGGCUCGCUGACCAGCUCAACUCUCUGGUGGUGGUUCUGAUGGAUCUGGAGUACAUGAUCUGUUUCUACAGUUUUGAACUGGACUGGAAAAAACACGACGGCCUCAUUAACAGUGCAGCAGGUAAAGAUGUGUGUAAUUCAUACUCCUAUGGCGUCCGUGCGGUGAUCCAGUGUCUUCCUGCUUGGUUCCGAUUCGUCCAGUGUCUGCGGCGUUACCGUGAUACCAAGCGGGCCUUCCCUCACCUGGUUAACGCUGGGAAAUACUCCACUUCCUUCUUCGCUGUCACUUUCGCUGCCCUGUACAGCACACACAAAGCUGAAAACCAUGCGGACACCCAGAUCUUCUUAUACCUGUAUGUCAGCUGUUUAUUGGUCAGCUCGUGUUACACACUGGUCUGGGAUUUAAAGAUGGACUGGGGCCUUUUUGACCGCAACGCAGGAGAGAACACCUUCUUGAGGGAGGAGAUCGUGUACCCACAUAAGGCCUAUUACUACAGUGCCAUAGUAGAGGAUGUGCUUUUACGUUUCUCAUGGACUCUGACCGUCUCCCUCAGCACAGUCACUGGUCUGCACGGCAUCUCUGACAUACUGGCGACUGUCCUGGCCCCAAUGGAGGUCUUUCGACGUUUUGUGUGGAACUUCUUUCGAUUGGAGAAUGAACACUUGAAUAACUGUGGUGAGUUCCGGGCCGUCCGAGACAUCAGCGUGGCUCCACUCAACGCUGAUGACCAGACCCUGCUGGAACAGAUGAUGGACCAGGAGGACGGAGUCCGGAACCGCCAGGGCAAGAAGAGCUGGAAGCGGAGCUACAGCAUGAGCCUACGCAGGCCGAGACUGGCCUCACAGUCCAAGACCCGUGACACCAAGGUGUUGAUAGAGGACACGGACGAUGACUCCUGACAUCAGGCCACGCCCAUCGCCUGGGUCCAGAAUUUGUUCAAAGGAGGAAACUCUACCUCCUAACUGAGAAAUGACCCUGUGCGUUGGGCGUUGAACUUCAAAUCAAAGACGAGUUUUGAGCUCUCAUGCCUAAUGUAAUCACUCUUCCAAUGCUUGAGCCUCCCAUGGGGUUCAGAACUUUUACAAAUGAAGAGCGAUGAUCUUUUGAACAAAUAACACAGCAAACAUUACCACCAAACUCCUGCUCCUACCUUCAGUUCUACUUAUGGCUGGGCUCAUCACUUGAACUCUACGUUACACAAAGUGUGGACUCCUCCUACAGCCACUCCUCAGACAUGUUCAUGGCUCUCCUCAAAGCCUCUGCCUAGCAUGAAACUCCCAGCUCCAAUGGAACGCAUGCAGAUGAGUCUGACAGGAAGCUGCUCCCUCUCUGUGCCCUACAUCCACAGCACAGGAAGUGACCAAGUUUAAACUACUGACAUUGAGGACCAAAAACUUUGAUUCCUUGUCUAUAACUCUACGCCUCCACUCCCUGCUACCCCGGUAACGUUUGAGAAACAUCUUGAAUAAACUCAAGUUCUCAGAAUGAACCUCAUGUCCCCUUUCCUCCAGUUAGAAAAUCAAAGUGUUUAGUAGUGUCGUCCUCAUGUGGCAAACGAUAUGCUGCAAACACACGGUAGCAGCAAUCAGUCGCCUGACUCCUCUGCUCUUAAGCUCUCCCCUUCAAAUCAUCACAAAGCUGCCUACCUGCACCUCACAUGCUUUACAAACACGCACUUUGUAAUAGAUUCAGUCGGAGGGAAAUGCCUAUUGUGUGUUGAAAUGCACGCAGACAGUGAUUUGAUCUUUUGUUCCUGGACGUCCACUUUUCAAGACCCUGGAGGGAAGACGCACAUCCUGAGUACGUAUGCUAGCCAUUCUUUGUUACAGCAGAUGUAAAUAUGAGACGGACCAAAGUGAAAAUAUUCCUAAAGUAUCAAAUAGUCAGUAAAAAGAAGUUCAAAGUGAACAGCAGCUGGAAUGCUGAGAAGGAUCUGAAGAGGAGGAAAAUAUUGACUUUGUUCCACAACUAGAUGAAGAUCAUCUUAACUCAAUCACUCCAUGUGGUAAAAAACGAUCCUCCAUGUGGACGUGUUCUGCUGAAUGUAUGACACUUUAUUUAUGUGUGUAUGUAAGAAAAGGCCUAACGAGCACCUUUCAACCCGUUUAACAGGAUCACUUUUUGGUAACUUUAAGAGUUUCAUGUGUCCCGAAGGAAAUUUUCAUUUUUGUUCCCUGACGUCUUGAUUGAAAAAAAAAACUAACCAAGUGUUGAGAUGUUUGUUAUAAAUGAUUCAUUGUUGUUCUUUAAAAGAGACAAAGAGAAGGAGAAGGAGAAGGAGGGGGAGGGGGGGUCACCUGUCUGUCACGGAUUGGUCCAACUUCAAUCUGAACCGAGAAGGGCCAAUGUUUUUUUAUUUUCUGAGCAAAAUGAUUUGAAAAGAUGUGUGUGUAGUUUUUUAGUUUCAUUUUAUUCUUCAGCACAUUUAGUCCGUCUACUGUGUUUUCUAAAAACAGCAGCUUUAGCAGAGAGAAGAAGAAGUGUCCUGUUGCUCCAGCUCUGUAAAGUGUUCUGUCUAACCCACAGGAAGCUUGUAACGUCAGCAGAAAGGUUAAUCUUAACUCGUAGAGCGAAACAUACAAACUAACCUAAAUAUUGAUGCAGAAAUGACCUUUAAUCUCAUGUGACCAAUCAGUGAAGAGCAUUUUUUUCUGAAUGCUUUUGUUUGACACAGCGCUGCCUCUCGUGCUCAUACUGUCUCUGUAAAGACUGACGGCUGAAAAUCACUACUGUUCACUGACGUUGAUCGAGAAACAGCAGCGACAGUGUUUGUAAAUUAUGACAUCAUGAUCAUCUUAAAUCUGCAGACUUCAUCUACAGCCUGUGGAAAAUAAAAACACUGACACCCAGUGGUGAGAUCUUCAACUACAACAUUACUCUAUUAUUGAACACUCUGCUCCUCCUCAUCCUCCAAGUCAUACCACUACUCAAAACCAUCACCAUGACAACCGUAUUCCACAGAGGGCUUGACUCCUGCUAUGAGCUAUAGGUGUAAGAUUUGAGAUCAAACUUCUUCCUGCACUGGAACCAUCUCAGCUGGUUUGUAUUUAAGCAGAGCUUUUAGUGGAGCAGGUGAAGACACUGUCAUGACUUACUCUGUGUCUCCCUUUAUCCUGAUUGUUUAGUAAAAUGUGUAUUUUCAUCUUUUCUUACAUCAUGGCAGCUAGAGAGUCAUCUGACUGUUUUCUGUUGACAUCAACUGUUUUUCUUUUCACUCGUUCAUUCCAGUCCUUCCAGCAUUUCUGUUUUAAUUUGCUGGAAAUAACAUAAAACUUUCUGCAGCGUAACACAUCACUAAUAAAUAAUGACAGAAAGUGUUGCUUUACGACAUGCCGACAAAGAGACAGGUCCGAACAGUUUGUUCUGUGAAGAGACAUGUAGCUCCUCUGAGCUUCAUGAUGGAGGUACAUCCAUUCCCCUCGUACUUUAGUUUGGCCCAAUCGCUCUCCAUAGUUUGUUCCAGUUGAUACCAAGUUACUAAAUAUACACAGGAAUACUAAAUCUGGACUGACUGGAGGUUUGAUCAGUGCGUUGUGUUCAGUGUUAGCUACGCUUUGUUCCCACACUUAGGGGUCCGGAUGAAGAUGAUCCUGGGGGGGACACUUAGCUUGUGAACCAAAAAGAUGGGAAAGACGAUAAAAUGUUAAAUUUAUACCAGGAAGAAUAUUAACUUUACAAAAUGAGGAUAUAGUUUAAUGGAUUAAAUUACAAAUCACUCAUUUGAUGUUGCUUUAAGAGAGGUCAACUACCUGUUGCACCGAGAGAGUGACCUUUGGACACGUGGAAACUCAUCAGGAUGCUUUAAGGUUUCUGAAGCAGAUGUUAUACCGAUACAAACUUCAUAUGCAGAGAUGGAAAAACGUCAUCUCUAAAGUCCUCCCCGUCCUGUUUCGCUCACUUAGGUUUACUUCAGUGUUUAUCCAGAUCAUCAUGCAGGAGACUGAGAGGCAGCGCUCACGUUCUGUGGACGCAAACGCACCAAAUCUCCAGCUGACCUUUAACCAUCUUUCUCUCACUGAUACACAAACAAGCUUUAUGCUUCAUGCUUCAAACCUGAAGAGUUCAGGUUUCACACCGAUGCUGGACACUGACAUUGUCUAAGCAAAUCGGUCAUGAUGCAUGAUUUAAAAAAAACAUAAAGAAAGUCCAUUGGAAGUUUAGAGCUGCUCAAAGCAGCUUUUAAUCACAGCUGUGUCUCUGUGCUUUCAGUGGAUUUGAAAAGUGAAUUUAUGUAAGGGAUCGAUUAAAAUCUGCAAAUCCAUCUCAUCCAAACUUAACUGUAGGGAACCUUUAUCCAUAAAUAUUCUCUGAUGACCAAUAGAAUCUCACAUAGCUUACAUUUGAAAAGAGGAACAAGGGGAUUUUAAUUUGUGUAUUUAACCCUCCUGUCAGAGUAUUUACUGAUCCAAAGAUUUCAGAUUGGAGUCAACAAAGACUGCUCCUGUACCGAGACUUCAAACAGAUAUGAGAGGUUCAAUUUGACUGUUCAGCUUUAUGUUGUGACCAAAUGAGGAGCGAGCUGACAAACAAGUCUUGAGCUGUGCAGGAAGAAGCUCAAAGUGUCUGACUUCAGUUAGUCCUGCUUUAGACAGGAAAGAAGAAACCAAAGUGUUCUUUCCCUUUAGGACGCCUUCAGUUUUGUUGCAUACAGAAUGAAAGCAGCAUCACCCAGGACAUAUAAUAUAUAAUAAUAUAUAUUUUUUAAACUCUAGUUAACAGAUUCAUCUUUAAAGUCACUUGUUUAUUGCAUUCCUCUAUAAAAACUACAGUAAUUGAGUUGUUUGAUGUCAUGUGGAUAGAUCCUGAGGUCUUACUCUGUAUCUCCUUCUCAGAGCUGGCUCCCACUGGGACAUGGAAACCAGUGUUGUGUUUUAGCUCAGCUUACACAUCUGGUUUUGCAGAUGUUCUCGGGAGUGUAAUGGUGAGUUGUUGAUGAUGUGCUGAGCUCUUUUCUCUGCACACAGCAGGAAGCCAGCCGAUUCAUCUUUCAUUGGACUUCAGGUUUUUGUCGUUGUGACUCUUUACUUUAGGAGAGAUUUGAUUUUUGUAAAGCCUCAUGUUGCCACAUGUUUGGUGUGGUAUGGUUAUCUGAACUAAAUAACAUUCAGGUUAUUUGGACUUCUUUAAACUUUUACAUUUUGUCUGAUUGUUUUUCUUUCCAAUAUUCCAGGAUAAUCACCGUAUUCACUCUCAAACAAAAUAAUCUGAACGAUACCGUUUUAUAAAUGUAGCUGAUCUGACUGCUGGUUCUCAUUGCUUCCUCGAUUAUCAGCAACUGAAAGAGCAGGGAUAGUAAACACCUGAAGGGACCACGGCCUGUACUUCAAGGUGAAACUAACUCAUCGAAUGAUUCGUUAGUUUAGCUGAUACAACACAACGUAUAGUCAGAGAGGUGUGAACAUUAACAGGCAGGUAUGUGAAUGUUAACUCUCUAUGUUGUUUCUUAAAGUUAUAAUGUGGUUCUCACUAUUUGUGGUCUUUUUUUGUUACUCAUUGUUUCCACUUAUAACGCACCAAGAUGACACUUUAAGUUUCCUGAGUGUGUCAGAGGAACAUGGCCACCAUCGACAGAAGUUGUGUUUUUUGAUGAUGUUUGGGACUGUGACAGACGGGUGAAUCCUCCUUUUCCAAAGUCCUUUAAUGAAUUGUGUCUGGUAUUUAUCCUCCUUUUGUAUCACUGUCAAUGUAACUGUCAACAACAACAAAAUCACAAGUUAGCAUAAAGUAGAUUUUUUUAGUCAGAUUUGUGAUCUUGUCCUUUUAUUGAUAGAUAAUUACAGAUUUUGACCAAAGUUUAGCAAAUCUGAGAUUUUUUUAGACACUGAUGGACAAAUCUGAACCUGCAGUUUUCAUAAUUCAAUCUAUGAAAGCUCCUGCGUUUUAUUGCUAUGAAACUCUCAUUCCUCUUCCCAAAGUGUAAUACAGUAAACUGAUGAUUGGUUACCCUCUUAGGUAUCUUACAGAUGCACAAAGAAACCUUUAAUGUCUUCAUGGGAUGCCCCAUGCUUUCAACUAAUCCUGAUGUUAACCCGUCUGCAGCUUCAUUAGACCAUCAGGGCUUCUGCUCGGGCUAUCCACCAGUUGGGAAGUUUGGGGACUAAGUGCUUGGUUUAAGAUUUAGGGGCUUCAAAAUGUGUCAAAGUCAGCAAAAAUUUCACUUAUUAGACCAAAGUUUAAGUCCUGUUCUAAAUAAAAAAUGAAACUUGUGUA